UCAACCCAUCAAACAAAUACAAAUCCAUAUCCGUCGAAGCAGAUUUUGACUCGAGCACAAGACCUAAUUCAUAGUGUUCACUGUCCUAUACAUAUACACAUACGAAUUAACUUAUUCAAACGUGCAAAGUCAUGCGCGGGAGUAACCGUUUGAAACAGUUAGGAGGCAAUUGCCUACUCCAACGCCAAACUCAACCCAUCAAUGAGUUAAAAUCAUCAACAAAUCCAAACCCACACCAAACUCAAGCCACCAAUGAGCUAAAAUCAUCAACAAAUACAAAUCCAUAUCCGUCGAAGAAGAUUUUGACUCAAAAGCACAAGACCAACGACAAACCAAAACCCGUUGGAGACACAGAUAUUAAGCAAUGGAACAUGGUCAUAACUAGUCACAUGCGUGCCGGCCGAUGCGACUCGGCUCUUAGAGUGUUUAUCACCAUGCCGCGUCGAAGUUCGGUUUCAUAUAAUGCUAUGAUAUGUGGGUAUUUGUCAAAUGAUAGAUUUGAUCUUGCAAGAGAGUUGUUUGAGAAAAUGCCUGAAAGAGACUUGGUUUCUUGGAAUGUGAUGAUCAGUGGGUGUGUGAGGUAUAAGAACCUUUGUGCUGCACGGGAUUUGUUUGAGAGAAUGCCGAAAAGGGAUGUUGUUUCUUGGAAUUCUAUGUUGUCGGGAUAUGCGCAGAAUGGGUAUGUUGAUGAGGCGAGACGCAUUUUUGAUAGGAUGCCGAAGAAGAAUGAGAUUUCAUGGAAUGCGUUGCUUGCUGCGUAUGUACAGAAUGGGAGAAUUGAGGAGGCUUGCUCCUUGUUUGAGUCGAAGGUGGAUUGGGAGGCAGUUUCUUGGAAUUGUUUGAUGGGAGGUUUUGUGAAGAAAAAGAAGUUGGUUGAGGCUUGGUGGCUUUUUGAUAGGAUGCCAGAGAGAGAUAAGGUUUCAUGGAAUAUUAUGAUUGCGGGUUAUGCUCAGAAUAAUUAUCUGGAAGAGGCACAAAGAUUGUUUGAGGAGGCUUCAGUGAAGGAUGUGUUUACUUGGACGACAAUGGUGUCAGGGUAUGUGCAAAAUGGGAUGGUUGAUGAAGCAAAGAGAGUUUUUGAUGCUAUGCCUGAAACUAAUGUGAUUACAUGGAAUGCAAUGAUUGGGGGAUAUGUGCAAAGUAAGAGAAUGGUCAUGGCGAGGGAAAUGUUUGAGGCCAUGACUAACAAGAACGUUGCAACUUGGAAUACAAUGAUCACUGGUUAUGCUCAAAGUGGUGAGAUAACUCAUGCUAGGAAUUUGUUUGAUAGAAUGACUCGGCGUGAUUCUAUCUCAUGGGCUGCUAUGAUUGCUGGUUAUGCUCAGAGUGGCUACAGUGAAGAGGCUUUGCGCCUUUUUGUAGCGAUGAAAAGGGAUGGUGAAAGAUUGAACAGGUCCCCAUUUACAAGUGCUUUGAGCACAUGUUCGAAUAUUGCUGCUCUGGAAUUGGGAAAGCAGUUACAUGGUCAGCUAGUUAAGGUUGGAUUUGAGGCUGGUUGCUUUGUGGGGAAUGCACUCCUUGUAAUGUAUUGCAAGUGUGGAAGUGUAGAAGAAGCAUAUCAUGCAUUUGAAGAAAUAUCAGAUAAGGAUGUUGUCUCAUGGAACACAAUGAUUGCUGGUUAUGCUAGACAUGGAUUUGGAAAAGAUGCUCUACUCCUAUUUGAGUCAAUGAAGACAAGGGGUAUCAAACCAGAUGACAUCACUAUGGUUGGUGUACUUUCUGCCUGCAGUCACACUGGCUUGGUAGAGAGGGGCACAAAAUAUUUUUACUCCAUGAAUCAAGAUUAUGGAAUAAUAGCAAAUUCCAAACACUAUACUUGUAUGGUUGAUCUUCUUGGUCGAGCUGGGCGCCUAGAUGAGGCACAAAGCUUAAUGAGAAACAUGCCUUUUGAACCUGAUGCAGCAACAUGGGGUGCUUUACUUGGUGCAUGCAGAAUUCAUGGCAACACUGAGUUAGGUGAAAAAGCUGCACAGGUGAUUUUUGAAAUGGAGCCUGAAAACUCAGGGAUGUAUGUUCUUCUGUCAAACCUAUAUGCAGCUUCAGGUAGAUGGGGUGAUGUUAGUAAGAUGAGAUUGAAAAUGAGAGACAAAGGUGUUAAGAAAGUAACUGGCUUUAGCUGGCUUGAAGUGCAAAAUAAGAUUCAUACAUUUUCGGUUGGUGAUACUUUGCACCCUGAUAGGGAUAGAAUAUACGCUUACUUGGAAGAGUUGGAAUUCAAAAUGAAGCUUGACGGGUAUGUCUACUCUACAAAAUUGGUAUUGCAUGAUGUUGGUGAGGAAGAAAAGGAGCAUAUGCUCAGGUAUCAUAGUGAAAAGUUAGCUGUAGCAUAUGGGGUUCUGUCUAUACCGCCUGGGAGACCAAUACGUGUGAUAAAAAACUUGCGUGUAUGUGAAGACUGUCACAAUGCCAUAAAGCACAUAUCCAAGAUUGUGGGAAGGUUAAUAAUCUUAAGGGAUAAUAAUCGCUUUCACCACUUCAGUGGUGGUUCAUGUUCUUGUGGGGAUUACUGGUGAGAGUGGAGAGAUUACUUUUAGCGGAAAAUUCUAAAUUGCUGUCAUGAAGAAUACUCUGGAUCUAUUAAAUCCUUGCAGAUGAACGAAAUCUACAUUCUGACGGGUUGGAAUUUUUAUUGGCUUGUACAAGGAAAUAAAAGAAGUGGACAUUUCAGGUUCUGCUGCUCAUAAAAGGAAAUGAUAAAGUUAUUCCAUUAUCUAGGAACAUGUUUUCUCUCUGAUUGAUGAAGAUGUAUUCUUCACUUAAUGAAAAAGACAAACAACUGAAGUACGUUGUUCAAAUUAGUUACCCACUCAGAGAAAGAGACAGAGAGCAAUAUUAUUGUCUCAAAUAGAAUGUUCUUGGUGGAGAUUAACUGUGAGCAGUAGAUACAUCAAAAUAAUUGCAAAUUUAGGCAGCUGAGAUGUAAUACAGUGGCGGUUUAAUGCUCUUCUACUGUUUCAUUUUCAGAUCAACAAGUGUAAAUCUCAUCCUCAAUAACAGAUAUUUCUCUGCUUUUUGCCCAUCAGUUCAGUUAAGAAAGGGCUGUGUCUUGAAUGUACCACAUUUGGACCCAAAUAUCAUGAAGGAAUUGUACAGAACAAGUUGUUUCCUUAAAACUCACACUUUCUUUGUUCAAUU